GCAUAGGUUUAGUCACUGAGAUUAUUUGAUUCUUAUCUUUAUAUAGUACACAUAAAUUUACUUAAAUUAUAUGCAUAAGUCGAACAUAUUCAUAGACAAAGAACUAAUUCCCUUACAUAUAAUAGGCUCUUUUUGUUGUUGUCAUUGUUAUUGUUGUUGUUGUUCUUUAACCAUUCAUCAAUACAUUUUCAUUAAUAAUAUUAUCAUUAUUCAUUCUUAACAUGAUCAAAUCAAUCAUAUUUGCUUACAGAUCCCCCUAUUUCAUUUUUAGAUUACUUAGAGAUUAUUAAAAUACUUAUGAAACUAACAAAUGAAUUACAUUUCAAUGAUCAAUUUAACAUUGACACAACUAAAUAAACUAUAAAGAAUUAAUUAAUCAUGAAUUCAUCUAUGAAAUAUUCAUAUCAAUCAAAACGUUCUUUGAGUACAAAUAAUUUAGAACCAUUUCAUCGAAAUAUAACAUUUACUGAAAAGCGUAAAUAUUCAAAGAAUUCAAAAUCAUUCCAUAAACAUCCAUGGAAUACAUCAUUAAUUCAAUUACAUAAUAAUAAAAAUAUGGAUGAAUGUGAAUUACGUCAAAUUCAUGAUUUGGUUAAUGAAAUUGGAAAUAAUGGUAUGAAUACUAGUACUACUACUAACCAUGGUAACAAUAAUAACAAUGAUAAUAAUUGUAAUCGUUUAUUGAAACAUCAAACAACUAUUGAUUUAAAUAAUAUAGAAUUACCAAUUAUUGAAGGGGAAUUAACUGAUAUAGAACGUUUAUAUUUAUAUGCUGCUGAACAAGGUGAUUUAGGUACAAUUAAACAAUUAACGGAUCAAGCAAAUGAAUUAAAAUUAAAUUUAAAUUGUACAGAUACAUUAGGACGUGAUGUAUUACGUAUUGCUAUUGAAAAUGAACAUAUGGAAUUAUUACAAUUUCUUGUAGCAUUACCAAAAUUAGAUUUAAAAGAUUGUAUAUUACAUGCUAUUAAUGAAGAUAAUGUUAUCGCUGUAGAAAUUAUAUUACAUGCAGAAGCAGAACGUGGUGGUAAAAAAAAUUUACGGGGACUACUUGGACGUUUUCAAUCUUCAUCAUUUACACCUGAUAUUAAUGGAAUAAUUUUAGCAGCACAUCGUGAUAAUUAUGUAAUAUUAAAAUUAUUACUUGAUCGUGGUGAUCGUAUAUAUAAACCGCAUGAUUUACGAUGUGCAUGUAAUAUAUGUACACAAGCAAGACGUGAAAAUGGAUUACAACAUUCAACAUUACGAAUUAAUACAUAUCGUGCUUUAACAAGUCCAUCAUUUAUUAUUUUAACUAGUAAUGAUCCAAUUUUAACAGCAUUUGACUUAAGUUGGGAGUUGAAAAAGUUAGGUGAACUUGAAAAUGAAUUUAGAACAGAGUAUGAAGAAUUAGAAGCGAAAUGUCAAAAAUUUGCAACUGACAUGUUAGCACAAACUCGUAGUUCCGCAGAACUCUCUAUUGUUUUAAAUCAUUAUACUGGAGCUGAUGUAUCAGGUUGCCAUGUCAGUGGAGUAGAUCAUCAAUCCUUAUCAGAGGAUAUCAAUGAAAGAAUGCAAUUAUCAAGAUUGAAAUUGGCUAUAAGAUAUGGACAAAAACAGUUUGUAGCUCAUCCACAUUGUCAACAAUUAUUAGCUGCUAUCUGGUAUGAAGGAUUGCCUGGAUUUCGUCAAAAGCCAGUAUUUGCUCAAUUAACAACUAUUGGAACACUAUGUUCUUUAUUUCCUUUAUUGGCUACAUUUUAUAUGCUUGCACCACAUUCAAAAUUGGGUAGUAUGAUGAGAAAACCAUUUAUAAAAUUUUUAUGUCAUAGCAGUUCAUAUUUAUCAUUUUUAGCUCUACUUACAUUGGCUGCUACACGUGUUGAGUUCUUACUGACAAAUUCUCUUGAUCAACGUAUGCAUGAUCGUGGACCAACACCAUCGUUAACAGAGUCAGCUUUAGUUAUUUAUGUCAUAGGUUUUGUUUGGCAACAAAUGAAAAAACUUUAUAUAUGGGGUUUACGUGCAUAUUUAGCUGAUAUGUGGAAUCUUGUAGAUUUUCUUAUGAAUGCACUCUACAUAGCUACUAUAUCAUUGAGAACAAUUGCAUGGGCUAGAAUUGUAUUUUAUAAUGAACCACGUUAUAUUAAUCGUGGUCAAUGGGAUUCAUUUGAUCCGGUACUUGUAUCUGAAUGUUUAUUUGCUGCAGCUAAUAUAGUAUCUACAUUAAAAUUAGUUUAUGUAUUUACUGUUAGUCCACAACUUGGUCCAUUACAAAUAUCAUUAGGUCGUAUGUUACAUGAUAUAUUACGAUUUUUUUGUGUUUAUUUCUUGGUAUUGGUUGCAUUUGCAUUUGGAUUUAAUCAAUUAUAUUGGUUUUAUGCAAAAAAUCGUGCUAGAAAUUGUAAAAAUGUUCAUUUUACAUUAGAAGAAGGACAAAAAGAUGUAUAUGAUUAUUGUAUUACAAGAGGUACUUAUUUUACUAACUUGUUCGAAAUUGUUCAAUCAUUGUACUGGUCUGCUUAUGGUUUGAUUGAUUUGACAAGUUUCAAUUUGGAAUAUCCACAUGCAUUUACGGAGUUUGUAGGUAAAUUGACAUUUGGCACUUAUUCAUAUAUUGCUUUCAUCGUUUUACUGAAUAUGUUAAUUGCUAUGAUGAAUAAUUCAUAUGAACAAAUUGUAGGUCAAGUUGAUGUUGAAUGGAAAUUUGCUCGAUCUAAAUUAUGGAUUAGUUAUUUUGGUGAAGGUUGUACUGUACCAGUACCAUUCAAUAUAAUACCUACACCAAAAUCAUUUAUGUAUAUGUUAAAUACAAUUAGAAAUUUAUUUUUAAAUUGUUAUAAAAAGAAAUUACAUCGUAAUGAUUGGGAAACAAUUCGAUUACGUAUAAAACAAGUUAAAGAAUGUGAAGUACGUUAUCAAAAUGUAAUGCGUGAAUUAACUAAACGAUAUAUAAUGCAAAAAUUACGAUCAAGUGAAAAUGAUAUUGUCAGUGCAGAUGAUUUAAGUGAAAUUAAAGGUGAUAUAAGCGCAUUUCGACAUGAAUUAUUAGAUAUACUUAAAUCGAAUGGAAUGAAAAUACCAGCUUAUCAUAAAACAGUGUCUAAACUAAGACGUGGUCGGGAAACUUAUCAACUUUCAGAACUACAAGAAAUGGUACGUGGUAAGAAAUCCAAAGAAUCAAUAAAACGAACAAAUAUUAAUAAUAAUGAUGAAAAUAAAUUGAAACAAUCGAAACCAUUGUUUAGUGAUAUAAAACAUUCAGUUCAUAAAAAAUUGACAACUUCUACUGGAAUUAAUAAAAAUGAUUCUAAUAAGAUUUUAUUAUCUAGUAGUAGUACUAGUAUUGGUGGUAUAAUUGGUCCAGUAGAUAAUCCAGCUUUUGAAAAUGAAGAAGUAAUCAUGAAUAAGACUUCAAUAAGUUCAUCAGUUGAUUUAGAUGGCAAAAAUCAAGAAAAUUCAAAUUCAGUUUUCAAUCAAGAAACUUCAAUAACUGAUGUAACAAAUCAACCAUUACAUUCUAAUUUUAUUCCAUGUACAACUACUGUAGUUUGUGAAGAAAUAAUGAUGAAUAACAUGGAACAAAAAUCUCAUAUCUCUUUAAAUCAAUCAAUUGACGAACAACUUCAACAAUCAUCAUCAUCAUCAUCUCAAUUAUCCAUUGAAACAAGGAUACCUUCAGAGAAUAUUCUAAAAAAUGAUGAUAUCAUGUCUAAUUCAACUAUUACAAAUGAAAUGAACAAUCAAAUAAACAAACAAAAUUUACAAUUAAAACAAGAUCAUAUAAAUGAACAAAUUGAAUGUAUAGAAAAUCAAAUUAAUUUUCAAUUGAUUUCUGAUCAAAAAUCAAUUGAUCAUAAAAAUAUUGAUUAUUGUAAAGUAAAUAAAACUAUUCAUUAUCCAAUGGAUGAUUGUUCACAGACAAAUAAUCAACGUAGUGAUUUUGUUUAAAUAAUGGUAAUCUAAAGUUGUUUAUGAGAAGAAAAAAAAUGAAUGAACAAAAACAUUCUAUUUU